UUUGAAACAAGGAAAAUUAAGAAAGAUAUGUUGAUUGAACAACUUAAAAAUGGCUGAACCAAAGGUUUAAUUUCGAUACAGAAUUCACCACGAAAUUUCGAUACAGAACCCAUUUGAGCCAAAAAUAAAUAUUAGACUUAAAAGAAAAUUACAACUCAACUAACUAAACAUGAGACAUGAUUAAGCUUGAUCCUAAAACCUGGCUUAAUCAUCUCUAAGACUUUUUAUUGUAAAAGAAAACAAACAGACUCAAAUAUUCGAAAUAAAAUAAAAGACUUAAAUAAUAAUACGACACAAAAGAGAAGACUUAGUUUAUGACUACGAAAUUAAAGGACUUCAGUUUUGGACCUUAAAUUUGAGCGUCUUUCAAUUGAUGUAUCAUUAUAUUGAUCUUGACUAGCUCAGGAGAACUAGAUGUAGGUGAUCCUACAUCAGGCUCAUCACGUUCUAAAGGAUUUAGUGAUAACAAUUGUAUGGGAUCAAUUCCUAGUCCUGUUAAAAAGUAUGUGAUUCCAGUAAAACGAGUUAAUAAUUACAGGACAUUUGAAUGUAGCAUAAGUAAAAGUUUUAUUCUUAAUCCAACUAAAACUUAUGUAAUCCAAGCUAAAUGGGGUUUGAUAUCUCCGAAAAUGCUAAGCUCAUAUGAUGAAAGCAGUAAGAAAUCAAAGAGAAAUAAGUCUGAGAAUACUUUACAGGGAGAUGGUAUGAAAAGUAUGUUGUCCUCCGAAGUAUGGGCAGGACCGACUUUUUGGAAAGCACCCACACCAAAUAGUUUGCCCAUGCCCAAAUUUUUAGAAAGAUCUCGUUAUUUUCAGUUCAAGUAUGUUCGUAAUGUUGAAAAUACUUUACAUGUAAGAUAAGAUUCUACAUCGUUAAAAUAGUAGAUAGUGGACUUGUAUAUAUAAAAACUGUUUUGAGAACUAUCUGUUUAAGGGAAAAUCUUCACCAAUUGCUAUUUGCUAUGGCUAGUCUUGAUCUCAUCUGCUUGCUCAUGCCUAGAUUUGAUGUAAAACCUGAGAGUUUAUAGACUUGUGAUAAUGUGUCUGUCUUAGUGUCUGUUUUAGUGUCUAAUUUGAAAUCUAGGGUGAAGUUGGAGAUAAUGUCUAAGUCGACCCCAGUUUCUAUAAUGACGAUGUGUCUCUUACCAAGACUCUAUAUAGGAUCCUUAAUUUUGAUCAUUUCUGAAAAAUACAACCUCAAAAUAAGAAGCUCACAUUCUUAUUUUUUACUUUACUUUCAAUAAAAUAGGCUUUAGCCUAUAUAUCUAAUGUGUCUCUCGGAGAGACCGUCUCCCUUAACGAUUUGUGAAUUCUUAGUAUAUUUUGUAAUCUUGUUAGCGUAGAUGGAUCUCGUUGUUUUUAGUUCAAGUUUGUUUGUUGACACUUUGAUUUUAUAAUGUUUAUGUUUUAGAUGUGUUAUCAUUCUUUUUGAGGUUUUUGAAUUGAAAUUUAUAAUACUAAUUAGUUUAUUAUCUGAUUGUAUUAAAAUUAGUUAUCACUAAAAAAGGUUAUACAUAUUUGUAUCUUAUAAUUUCAUAUUUAUGCUAAGACUCCUAAAAAUGCUUGAAAUGAUCUCAAUAAUAAAUUUUUUGUCAGAGCAAGCGCCAAAUCUCACCCUCAUGUGGAGGGUGUUUGGAGUGCCGUAUUGAGGGUGCAACGAAAAACAAGAGUUGGUGUUGCAAGGCAGCAACGCUCACAAGGUCAGAGAGCCCAGAUGAAGGCCGCUCAACUAGUCGAGCAGGGUUGGCUCGGUCGAGCAGAUCAACUAAAGUUGAACAGAAAGAUCAAUAGGCACUGGAUUGGCGCUCGACUGGUCGAGCGACUUAUCAGACAACAAAAUAUCACGUGUUCUGUUUUGUUAUAGAUUUUCCUUGGGCUUCAAGGGUUUGGUCCUAGGGCUUCUAAUAUGUGUUAGGCUAUAUAAGAGAGCCUUAGAAAGAUACACUAGAGAAACUAGGGCAUUGGCCAUUAGAGUGUCUUUUUUGUAUUAGUGUCAUUUGUAGAGUUUUACCAUUAAAUGUGAAAACUUUGUGGGUUAACAGUGAACUCUUGACUAUUGUAAGUUGAGUCAUUCGUGUAAUUGUGGUUAUAUUAAUGAUAAGAUACUUUAUUGAGAUGGAGGUAUCAUUAGAUACCUCUUAAAUACAUUAUGUUGCUUGUUUGAUUUUUCUCUUGUUUAUCCUUUGUUUUUCUACUCAUUUUCUAACCAUUAUUGUACCAUUGUUGGAGUUCGAGUCAUUCUCUUUAUUUUUUAAAUUUGAAAAUUUAAAUCUAACAUGGACUAAGUUUUUUCAUUAUGGAGCACGCAAUAGGAUAUCCCCACAACCAACUAAAGCGAAUUAAUUUUUCUUAUAGAUAAAUGAUGAAAAUCCUCCGUUAACUAUUAUGUUAAUCUGCUUAAAAAAAAAAUAAAAAUACAAGAAUAUCAUAUUAAAAAAAUGCAAUAUAGGAAAGAAAAGAGAACAAAACCACAAGAAGCCUAUGAAACAGGACAACUGAAAUUGCAAUCUAAUUACAAAAGUAAAUAUCCACUUCUAAAUAUAAACAUAUAUAAAUUUAAACCUAUAAAAUUAUCAAUUAUGAGUUGGAAUUCGAUGCCUAAAAUUAAAUUACCCAAAAUGUUUAAGAUAUUAGACAUUUCACAAAAUCUCUAGCAUAUAAUCAUAAUAUAGAUCUUUUUUCUUCAAAAAACAAAAAUUGAUUAUUUCAUUUUUUUUUUUUUACAAAUUUCUCAUGAAUUUUUACAUUAUAAAGAACCAUAAAAUUAAAUAAAAUGGCUACAGAACAACCUCCACCAGAGAAUGAACAGCCCAUAAAAUAUGGUGACGUAUUCUUUGUCUCGGACCAAGUUGCAAAUAAGCCCAUUUUACCAGAAGAUGCGGCGGCCAUGGAGGCUGGAGAGCGAGCUGUUUUGGGCCAAAGCCCACUUUUUGGCCCAGCUUCUAUUAUGAAAUACGCAGCUUCAAUUAACGUAGAAUCUGGACAUGUUGGCCCAAAUUCGAUUUCAAAUGAAGGUGUUAAGGUCACUGAUUCUGAUAUGAAUGGUAUCCGGGUUGUCACUGAAUCCGUUAACGAUGAGGUAGUAGGGCAAUACGUUGAACCGGAUUUUACAGGCGUAAGUGUGGGUCAUGGAGCACCAACACUAGAUAGAGAAUCUAUCACAAUUGGAGAAGCCUUAGAAGCCGUGGCUCUUUCUGCCGGAGACCACCCUGUCGAUAGUGCCGAUGCAGCCGCCAUAGAGGCUGCUGAGAAAAGAGCUCUCGGUGUCGACACCUUACCCAAGGGUGGUCUCGGAGAGGAAGCCCAUCAGGCAGCUGAAUUUAACGCCAAAAUAUUACAAGUUGAAAUUAGGACUACUAUGGACGACAUUCUUAGGGAUGCAAGUGAAAAAUUGUUGGCAGAUAAGGCAGUAACACAAGAAGAUGCAAGAGCAAUAUUAGAAGCAGAGGCCCAAAAUGAUCCAGCCCAUGCAGUAACUGCUGGGGGAGUUGGUGAAAUGAUGUCUGCAGCUGCAAAUAUAAAUGAUCCUCAUUCCUAACAUUUCUUGCAUUAUACCAUCUUUUUAUUUAUUGCUUUGGUCUUAAUCUAUACUGCUUUUCUAUUUUAGUGUUUAAUUACUCGAUAUGAA